AAAGGGGUAUUAGCUUUCUGGAAAAAUGAAGGGAAAAAUUUCUAAAACUGAACAAGUUUCUUGGACAGUGGUCUUCACAUUUGAGGCGUUUUUCAUCGUCCUCUGCAACUUCUUGGCUCUGUGCGUCUUUGCUAAGAGGAAGUUUCUUUUGUGCAGGUCGUGCUAUUUGCUGAUCAAUCUUACGGUAGCUGAUCUUCUUGUAGGAAUCUCAGCAGUGUUUUCUGGGUAUGAAAUCAUCAGCUUAGAAAGAUCGGAGAUAAAAUCCUUUAUGACCUGUGAAAAUAAAUUAUUUGAUGCCUUUGCAACGUUGUUCCUUUUAUUCACUGUGGCCUCCUUGAUGUCCCUCGUACUCAUUGCCAUUGAGAGAGCGUGUUCGAUCUUUAUGCCUUUUCGUCAUCGUGUAGCAAAAACAAGGUACUACAACGCCGGGAUUGCGUUCAUAUGGCUUAUCAGUGGUAUUCCUUCCGUAUCCUUGCUUCCUCAGUGCGAAUCGCUCCCGAUAAACAACAAACUUGUUACAUUAUCUCUUCUGCUAAUCUUGGUAAUUCCUUCAUUUGUGAUUCUCGUAUCAUCGUACGUGGCCAUCUACAUAAAACUGAGAUUUUUCCCAGUUUUUCAGCACAACAACUCCACUCAGAGGCAAAUCAAGCUAUGCAGGACAUUGUGUAUAGCAACAGUUACAUCCAUUAUUGCUGUUCUUCCUCACAACAUCGUUCUCACCACCCUUGAACUCUGCACAUCCUGUACUCUCUCUGUCAACGCAGUAUUGACAACAAAGGCCUUCAUCUUUGGAAACUCUUUCAUCAACUUGGCUAUAUAUGCCUUGAAGAUUCCAGAGUUUUGGAACGAGCUUAAGAAGAUAUUAUGCAAUUGCUUCAAUAAAGGGGAGAGGCGACAGUCUCGAGUCGUUCCUGGCAUGAUACCACUGGACACACUGGACACUGGACACCCCUAACAGCACCAGGAAACAGCAAGGAGACACCGAAAACUGUGGCAACUGUAGAAGGUAGCCCGUUGGACAUCUGAUAGGGAAUACGGACAAAAGUGAAACAUGAGAAGAUCAUGAUCACAAAUGACGAUGAAAAAAUCGAUCUAGAAGAACAACGACAAGGAAAAGAAGAUGAAAAGGAGAAUAAAUUGGAUAGAACAAAAAUGAAGAAUAAGAAAAAGCACAAAAACACUUGAGAUGACAGUCAGUAAGAAAGAGGCAGAAACGCGGACCUUAAUUAACUAAAAGAUCCAGAAUUAAAACCAGAUGGUGAUGAUGACUAUUACAUAUACAUUUAUAUAACGUAUUGCUUUAAAUUUA